AUGGUAAAACUCCCAGCAUUCGAAGUCGAGCAGUGGAUGGACAAGUAUGAGAAUACACCGGGAGUGCUCAAUAUCGCCGAGACAUGCUGUUCCUCCAUAUCGAUCGACCAGCUGGUGCAGUUCAACAGUAGUCAACAAGAAGAUACACGCCAACUUAUUGACUUCUCUAAACCCAUGACAUAUGGUCCAAUUUUGGGAUCUGACGAACUACGCCGAAACAUAACGGCUAUAUACAACGAAGACGAGAGCAAGGCAAAUACGCAGUCGCCUCCGUUAACAAUUGAGAAUAUCAUAAUCACUCAGGGUGCUAUAGCUGCCAACCACUUGGUAUUUUACAGCCUAGUCGGACCGGGAGACCAUGUUAUAUCCGUCUUCCCAACCUAUCAGCAAUUAUACACCAUUCCGGAGUCAUUAGGGGCCGAAGUUUCGCUAUGGAAGCUCAAAGUGGAAAAUGGCUAUGUGCCCGACGUUGCGGAGCUUGAGGGCUUGAUCAAGAGCAAUACAAAGAUGAUUGUUGUCAACAACCCGAACAAUCCAACGGGAGUAACGAUACCAGAGAAAGUCCUGUCAGAAAUCAUCAGCAUUUCCCGGAAACAUGAUAUCAUUUUGUUUUCAGACGAGGUUUACAGGCCACUCUUCCACUCUAUCGAACAGGAUAGAAUCCCGCCGUCGGCCAUAUCGAUGGGCUAUCCCAAAGUAGUAGCGACGAGUUCUAUGUCCAAGGCUUGGGCCUUGGCAGGAAUCCGAAUCGGCUGGGUCGCCUCACGAGACUCGUCCAUUAUCUCGGCCAUCGCAUCCGCGCGAGACUAUACCACCAUCAGCGUGUCGCAGCUCGACGAUCAGGUAGCGCGGUACGCACUAAGUGCCUCCGUGAGACCGCAGCUCAUAGCUCGGAACAUCUCACUAGCUGAGAACAACUUGAAGCUGCUCGAGCAGUUCGUGGCAGACCACUCGAGCACAUGUUCCUGGACGAAGCCUUCAGCGGGCACCACAGCUCUCGUGCGGUUUAAUGAUAGGGACGGAAUGCCAGUCGACGACGAGCAAUUCUGCAAGGAUGUCCUGGAGAAGACUAAGGUCAUGUUUCUGCCGGGAUCGCGAUGCUUCGGACAUGGUCAAACCUCGUCCUUUGACGGAACCGUCCGUAUAGGAUAUGUGAGUGAAACUGAGGUACUGCGCCAGGCAUUAGAGAAGCUUGGUAUAUAUAUAACUGACCAUCUCCUAUGA